GGUUCGUACGAACAUGGACCGUGCCAUGUAUCAGAUACAGGUAUUACAGGUAGCAGUUCUCUUCGGCUGCAUUUCAGCGGUCAUCACCUCCCCUUGUUCCCAAGCGAAUCUUAACUCAGAUCUUUCGAGCUGUCUGUCCUCCAUCGUGACAAGCUCCAAAGACAAAAAUCUUUUCUGGUUUGGGACGCAGUAUUUCAUCCGAUGUCCAAACCCAUGGGCUUCACUGGAUUGCUUCAACUAUCACCCUUAUCGAGCCGACAGUCUUAUUUCCCGUGUCUUUGGGCCGGGUUACUCAUUAAAUGAAACUCUGGUUACAAAAUAUCUGAAUGUGACCUUUGAAACAGGGACAGGAACGUACAGUGGCUGUGGAAAUGAAUGGACGGUUACGGAGAGUCGUCGACUCGAGUUAGACCCUACCCUGGCCACUGUUUACAAGCCAUGGAGCGUCCGAAAGCGACCAACCAUGACGUGGGAAGCCAACCAGAGCGAACUCUACACGAUCAUUGUUUAUGAUGCAGGUUCCUUGAUUAAUCAUGGAUUAAUCAUAAAUAUACCCGGAAAUGACGUCAAUUCAGCUGAGAUUUUCAAGGACUACCAUGGGCCUAUGAAAUCUACACCCACCCCUAAUGUCUACUCUUUUCUACUGUUCAAACAAUCUGGCCGGAUCCAGUUGUCAGAGGAGUGGAGAAAGCUGCUAGCCGACUCUAUGGCACAAUACAACAUGACGGACGCUGUGGAGUACCUAAAUCUAACAGGUCCUGUUGGCAUGAAUUGGAUGAGAGUUACAAUGGAUCCAUAUGCCAUGCAGAACAUGAUAAACAUAAGACUUCUAUACACCUGUCCUUACCUGAUUUCACAAGCGGUUGGUAACCACAACCGAACCUUCAUUCCUAGAGACCCCAAGUUGACAGUGGGUGUUGACGUCACAUUCUCUCCGACUGCUCUUACCUUCACUUCUUGUUGUACCAAGUAUUCAAAACCGUCUCGGACAUUCAAACUGAAUCCGCUAGGUGACGCUUCGGUUGACUCGUGGGAUGUUCGAUCUGACGCCACUCCUGUUCCUGACUUCAUGGCUUUAGGAUUUUACAAUCAGAUGAAAAACUUCACUGGUAAGACAUUCACUCUGUUAUGUGUAGACCCGGAUGUUCCAAGGUCCACUGCGGGGACACAGGAACGCCCUCUUCUUCACUGGAUGGUUGUGAAUAUUCCCGAGGGAAGGGUUGCGGAGGGAUACACAGCGCAGUCGUAUAGAGGGCCACGCCCCCCUGACGCUGCUCAUUAUUACUAUUUCCUGCUUUACGAGCAAACUGACACUGUAAAUACCAGUGAAACCGGAAACUACACUACUCCCCCAAACUCAAGAUUUCUGUUCGACAUAUCCAGCUUUGUGUCAGACAAUUCUCUUAGAUUGGUGGGUGUGAAUUGGUUUGUAGCUGAACCUGAUGAAUACACACGAUACACGUCUGCAGCCUCCGGCGGGAAUGUGACGUCACUGUGUGCGGGCCAACCAAACUUUGACACGCCCUGCCCUAUUUCUGGAUCCACCAAAUGGCAACUGACUUUAACGCAGAUUUUCAUAUUGAAUUUGUUAUGCAUCUUUCUUUUUGGAAUCUAGUUGUAUUAUCACUGGGAACCAUAUUUUCCAUACAACUUUUUAUCUUGGCAGAACAAGGAGUAUAUUUGUAUAUUUAUAAUUUUAUCCCAAAUGUCUAGUGAAAUUAUUGGGAGAUUCAGAGAGUCGACUCAGCUUGGGGGGGGGGUUUACAUUUGAAUUAUUAGAAACAUUUCUUAAACCAGCAUUGAAACUAAAACCAUUAUGAUAUAUAUAGUUCAAAAAACAUUUGACUUCACAUAGCUUUUAGUAUACACACACACAUACAUGUGCACUUUCAGACCGAGAGGUUUAUAACUGCGUUCACAUAUUUAAUAAUUUUCCUAUAUUUAUUCACAUUUUCAACAUCUUAAAAUUCCUGAACCACAAAUUCUAUCCAAAAUUGGCACAAAGCAUCCUUGGUUAAGGAGAGUUUAAAUUUUUAAAAUGAAAGGCCAAGCCCUCUUACAAGGGGAGAUAAUCAAGGAAAGACAAAAAUAGGGUGAGGUCAUUAAAAAAUCUUCUUCUCAAGAACCACUUUGUCAGAAAAGCUGAAGCUUAUGUGGAAGCUUCCUGAGGAAGUGUAGAUUCUAAACUGUUCAAAUCAUGUACCCCGGGGGUAGGACGGGGCCACAAUAGGGAAUCAAAGUUUUACAUUGAAAUAUUUAGGAAACAUCUUUAAAAUCCACUUCUCAAGAACCACUGUGCCAGAAAAGAUGAAACUUGUGUGGAAGCUUCCUGAGAAAGCGUAGAUUCUUAAUUGUUCAAAUACUGGCCUCCGGGGAUAGGGUGGAACCACAAUAGGAAAUCAAAGUUUUACAUUGAAAUAUAUAAGAAAAAUUUUAAGAAUCAUCGGGCCAGAAAUCAAAACUUAUUUGGACGCUUCCUGGGGAAGUGUAGAUUCUAAAUUGUUCAAAGCUUGACCCCCGGGGGUAGGGUUGGGCCACAAUAGGGAAUCAAAGUUUAACUUUGAAAUAUAUAUAUAGGAAAAAUCUUCUUCUCAUGAAUCACUGGAUCAGAAAAGGUGAAACUUAUAUGGAAGCUUCCUGAGGUAGUGUAGAUUCUAAAUUGUUCAAAUCACCCCCGGAUAUAGAGUGGAGCAACAAUAAGUAUUAAAAGGGAGUAAAUCUGGUGAAGAACAUCAGAGCCAAAGUUACUCGGGUGAGCGCUAUAGCCCAUGGAUCUCUUGUAUUGUUUUCUUGUUGUUUUUUUGUUUGUUUUUUUUUUUGGUUGUUUUUUU